AUGACUGAGUUUGUGUCGGCUUUGUUCAAGUUUGUGCCGGAGAACGAGGAUGAGCUGCCCCUUGAGAUCGGCGAGCGCGUAGAGGUCUUGGAGAAGGACCAGUUUCACAACGAUGGCUGGUGGACGGGCCGGAACGCGUCUGGCCGAGUUGGAAUAUUCCCCGCCAACUAUGCAGAGUCUGUAGCCACACCUCCGUCACCCGACGAGCUGACUUCGCCCGACUCCGCUACCCUCCAACGCCAAUUCGACACUCUUUACGACUCAAUUGAGAUGCACUUCACGCAGAGGCAGUCUCUGGCACGGAAACCUACGUACGCCAGCUACGUAUCUUCGGACACCGAGGAUGAAGACGAAGAACAGCGCGCGAGCAAGGGUCUUCGCCUCAAGAUCGCUUUGGACGCUAGGAAAGCCCGUGCAGAGGCUCGUCGCCACCAGAAGGAGUUCGGCAUCAACUCGUCUCUUCCACCCAUCGACGACGACGAUUCUGAGACUGAGACCGAUAAGCUGGAGAGCGCCCAGAGGCAUCGCUUAUUCGACUCCGACGACGAAGGCGAUGCGGAUCCAUUCGAGCGCAUUCUCUUCCGGAAACCCACGCGGGGCAGGUCGCUCAGACGGGCGGCUACGCGCCGCAGGCCAAGCCUUCCGGAGACAGAGCCUGUGCCAGCCCUGCCUACCAUCCCUUCCCAGGUGGCCCUCGUCUCUUUUGCCGACGGCACUCGGACCUUCUCCCCUGAGCCCAUCAAGCCGACGCAGACGCAUACAAGUGGUCCAACUCCUACAGCAUCUUCGGAUGGGGUAACGCCAUCGAGCCGUGCCACUCUACUCGGCCGGCCAAGCGAAACGCCUGCCCCUGCAAACGACUGCGCCGCUCCCGUGGCCUCAUCGGCGGCUCGUCCCGUGCCGAGCAAGACCGAGUCCAUCGCUAUAUCCGAGUACUCCAUCCUACGAGCGCCGUCGAGCAAGAGUCGUCCUGCGCGACCUAAUGGGGAGCCGCAAAGCUGGUCUGUCUCGGACGUCGUGAUCUUCCUCAAGUCUCGUGGUUUCUCCGACGACGUUUGCUCUUGUUUCCAAGAACAAGAUAUUGCUGGGGAUGUCCUCGCGGAGCUCAGUGUGGAUAAUCUCGACACCGAGAUUGGAAUAUCGGCGCUGGGUACGCGGAAACGUAUAGUAGCCGCUAUUGGCGACCUCGGACUUCCGCGCCGCCAGCCGACACCCGAGCCGGCAGUGAUGAAGGACGAGCUGAAGCCGUCGACAACUAUCGACAGCAUACCUUUUGGGUUGCCUUCUCCGGUCACGUCGUCUGAAAGCGAGCCAUUGGAUCUCAAAGCACCUCCGGUGCGACCGCUCUCCCCGUAUGAUGCAACAGGCUCGCUACCUACUCCCGAGCCCUCGCCUCGCAAGGGCUCAAUACCGCUUGUUAACACGGUAGACUCGACAUCGCCGCUGUCCCAGCGAGGGCCCUCGACUCCGUCCAGUCCACCGCCUGCGAUCGCUGUCUCCUCGCUCCCGAUGCCGCCAGAGACGUAUCCCGAUCCGCCGGUCAUGAUUACUGCUCCUCGCUCGCCGGAGUUGCUUCCGGCGUCCCUGUCUGUACGCCACAAGUCCUCUGCUGGUGCGCUGCUUACUGGGCCACGACCACGCCCGGUGUCAGCCUCAUCUGCACUGUCCGCGAUGCCGAUGAGCUCCUCUCAUGCCACGCCUAACGGUCGCCCUUCCGUAUCACCGCCACCAACGUCCUCAAAGCACUCUCCCCCGCCGCCGUCAUCGGGGACCGCAUUUCUACCUCCAGGCGCCGCACGUCCGCGCAUCCCGGGCGCGCCUCUUCCAUAUGAAGGACUUCCUCAAUCACUUGUCCCUGGCGGCGCUCACGGUCGGGCGGCCGCUUCAGCUCAACAUGCUCGUCACGCUUCAAACGUGGGUCCAUCGACGACAGCGUUACCCGCUCCAGUCUUCCACCAGCCCACCAGCACAGCUGUAGUCGGCGCGAGCGCCAAACCCAGGAUUGCACAAGCACAUCAUCAGAGUGCCAGCGUAUCGCACAUAACAGCUGCCAUGAUUUCGGGCCCGUUCGAGGUCGCUCGCGCGACGGCUAGCGCUGCGUCAGGGAACAAACAUCUACCAGAUCUCCUCGUUCCCGGCCGUACUCGAGUUGCCGCGCCGCGCGGUCCCCGAGGCUGGCGCAUCAGAUCGUAA